AUGGAAAGCAGCAAGAUUAUCUCAACUGAAAAAGCGACAGUCGUCAUUCAAGUAAACCCACAGCUGACACAAAAUACUUUCGCUAGUGAUGAUGGACAGGAGGGCAGAGGAUCAUAUCACUAUAUGGCUCUUAAAGAAUUUUUCAAGGCACAACCAAAGGCACUGGGGACUGUCCAGAUAAUGACAGGAGUGAUAUUUUUCUCGUUUGGAAUUGUACUCACCACCAAUGAUGACUUCAGAUACCCCUAUCCACAUUUGUCUGUAUUUAGUGGCAUCACCUACUGGGGAUCUCUUGUUUACAUCAGUGCUGGAUCUCUGUCUGUUGCUGCUCAGAAUAAACUUCAUGCAUGUGUGGUGAAAGCAUCUCUUAUAAUGAACGUGCUCAGUGCCAUAACUGCAGUGGCUGCAAUUACUCUGAUGUCCAUGGAUUUAUUCCUUGUUGUUCAUCAUCAUUGCUACUAUUACUCUGACUGUGGAAAUAUUAAGAGGUAUAAUCUGGGAAUCCGUGGAAUUUUGCUGGUCUUCUCCAUCCUUCAGUUUAUCAUCUCCAUCUGUAUCUCAGGAUUUGCCUGCAAGGUCACCUGCAACAGCAACUCUGCAGUGGUGAACGUGGCUCUAAAUCAGGCAUAGUGUCACAGUGAAGAGAUCUACAGUAUUUACAACAUUACUUGCCUCUAGAAACCAAGUGUUCACUAAAC